AUGGAUAAAUCACAAUUAAUUAUAUUAGAUUUAAUGAGUACUGUAGAGUUUGCAGCACUCAAACAUAGAGAUCAGAGAAGAAAAGAUCAACAUGGAACACCAUACAUCAAUCACCCAAUUGGUGUUGCAAUGAAUGUUAUUAACAUUGGCAAGGUUUACGAUGUCGCCACUAUUCAAGCUGCACUACUACACGACACCGUCGAGGAUACCGCUACCACCAAGCAAGAGUUGGUCGAUAAGUUUGGUGAGCACGUCGCCAACAUCGUCAUGGACGUCACCGAUGACAAGUCUCUCUCGAAGGUCGAGCGAAAACGUUUGCAAAUCGAGCAUGCCAGUCAUAUCUCUGCCGAAGCGAAAAUCGUAAAGAUGUCCGACAAGCUGUACAAUCUCACCGAUAUGGUAAGCAAUGCACCACCCUCGUGGUCAUUGGAAAUCAUCCAAGGUUACUUUGUCUGGGGCAAGCAAGUUUGUCACCAACUCCGCAAUGUAAACAAAGGUCUUGAAGAAGCACUAGACAAACUCUUCCAAUCAAAGUUUAACUAUCAAGGUAAAGAAUACCCAGUAGUACCAUGUCAGAACCAACAAGAAGAAUUGGAAUUCUUAGAGAAAUAUUAUAGUUUAUUAAAAUAA